AACGGGAAGCUCAAAUGCAGGUUUAGUGCGUGAUAAGCCCGAAACUGAGGUGGCUAGAAGACAGAAAUACCCCUAUAUAUCUUACAAAGUAGGCAAGAUAGACUCUGGGGACAGACUCUAGUCCUAUAUUACUAUUCACCUUUGGUGGUUUAUCGUUAAUAGGACAAAAUGGGUUGCUGGUUUUCCAAAAAAUCGAAAAGAAAAUCACCCGAAAAAGAACCUACGACGAAGGUAGAGGAGAACACGACCACCAGCAACGCCAACAACAUUGCCCUCAGCAGCAAUGCAACGGAGGAUCCACCGAAACAAUACAGCUGGGACAAACGUGAAAAGGUUGACCCUAAGGACUUUAUGCUAACGGGGCUGAAGGAUGCCACGGUGGGCCGUCUGCCAGGCAAGCUGAACGGACAGCAGUUUGUCAUCCAGGACUGUGACAACUGUAAGAUCUUCGUGUUGGACCACUCCGCCACCAUCACCAUCGACGACUGCACUAACUGCUGCAUCGUUAUGGGGCCGGUGAAGGGCAGUGUUUUCUUCAGGGACUGUAAGGAUAUCAAGUGUGUGGUGGCCUGCCAGCAGUUCAGGACCAGGGACUGUCAGAAGAUGGAGGUGUUCCUGUGUUGCGCCACUCAGCCCAUCAUCGAGGCGUCCACGGGGAUGAAGUUCGGCUGCUUCCAGUACUACUACCCCGAGCUGGCCUUCCACUUCAAGGACGCAGGCCUCAGCAUCUUCAACAACAACUGGAGCAACGUCCAUGACUUCACGCCCGUCUCCGGGGAGACCAACUGGAGUCUGCUGCCUGAGGACACUGUGGUGUUGGACCAUGUUCCGGCCCCUGACCCGGAGUCAGAGUUUAAAUCAGUCCGGGUCUCAGCUGAGGCAUCCCGCAGCAUCGUACCCAUGACCAAAGGAGGCAGACGCAAGGAGAGUGACGAGUCCUGUCUGUUUGUGUUCUUCGCUGGGGACUACACCACUGCUAACGCCCGGAAACUCAUUGAUGAGGCCUCUGGGAAAGGGUUUGUGCUGAUCCAGACUAAGGAAGUGUCCCUGCGCCCCGAGGACGUCAGCAGAGUGUUCCAGAACGAUGCAGAGGGACUCCUAGAGUGGAUCACCAACGGCCCAGUGACAGCCCUGGAGUUGAAUGGGGACGGGGUAGUGGAGGCCUGCAAGAGCCUGGCCAGUGACUUGUUCAGUGGAUCCAAGGUGUUUGUUUCAGACAACAGAAAUACUUCCUCUCGAGAUGUGGACAACUUCUUCAACUUUGCUGACAUGCAGAUGGGCUUGUGAUUAAAGAGAGGACAGGUUAAUCAACAUAGUGAUGGUAGGUAGGAGAGAGGACAGGUUAAUCAACAUAGUGAUGGUAGGUAGGACAGGUUAAUCAACAUAGUGAUGGUAGGUAGGACAGGUUAAUCAACUUAGUGAUGGUAGGUAGGAGAGAGGACAGGUUAAUCAACAUAGUGAUGGUAGGUAGGAGAGAGGACAGGUUAAUCAACAUAGUGAUGGUAGGUAGGACAGGUUAAUCAACAUAGUGAUGGUAGGUAGGACAGGUUAAUCAACAUAGUGAUGGUAGGUAGGACAGGUUAAUCAACUUAGUGAUGGUAGGUAGGAGAGAGGACAGGUUAAUCAACAUAGUGAUGGUAGGUAGGAGAGAGGACAGGUUAAUCAACAUAGUGAUGGUAGAUAGGACAGGUUAAUCAACAUAGUGAUGGUAGGUAGGAGAGAAGACAGGUUAAUCAACAUAGUGAUGGUAGGUAGGAGAGAGGACAGGUUAAUCAUCAACAUAGUGAUGGUAGGUAGCAGAGAGGACAGGUUAAUCAACACAGUGAUGGUAGGUAGGAGAGAAGACAGGUUAAUCAACAUAGUGAUGGUAGAUAGGAGAGAGGACAGGUUAAUCAACAUAGUGAUGGUAGAUAGCAGAGAAGACAGGUUAAUCAACAUAGUGAUGGUAGGUAGGAGAGGUUAAUCAACAUAGUGAUGAUAGGUAGGAGAGAGGACAGGUUAAUCAACAUAGUGGUGGUAGGUAGGAGAGAGGACAGGUUCAUCAACAUAGUGAUGGUAGAUAGGACAGGUUAAUCAACAUAGUGAUGGUAGGUAGGAGAGAGGACAGGUUAAUCAACAUAGUGGUGGUAGGUAGGACAGGUUAAUCAACAUAGUGAUGGUAGAUAGGACAGGUUAAUCAACAUAGUGAUGGUAGAUAGGAGAGAGGACAGGUUAAUCAACAUAGUGAUGGUAGGUAGGAGAGAGGACAGGUUAAUCAACUUAGUGAUGAUAGGUAGGAGAGAGGACAGGUUAAUCAACAUAGUGAUGGUAGGUAGGAGAGAGGACAGGUUAAACAACAUAGUGAUGGUAGGUAGGAGAGAGGACAGGUUAAUCAACAUAGUGAUGGUAGGUAGGAGAGAGGACAGGUUAAUCAACAUAGUGAUGGCAGGUAGGAGAGAGGACAGGUUAAUCAACAUAGUGAUGGUAGGUAGUGGAGAAGGACAGGUUAAUCAACAUAGUGAUGGUAGGUAGGAGAGAGGACAGGUUCAUCAACAUAGUGAUGGUAGAUAGGAGAGAGGACAGGUUAAUCAACAUAGUGAUGGUAGGUAGUGGAGAAGGACAGGUUAAUCAACAUAGUGAUGGUAGAUAGGAGAGAAGACAGGUUAAUCAACAUAGUGAUGGCAGGUAGGAGAGAGGACUGGUUAAUCAACAUAGUGAUGGUAGGUAGUGGAGAAGGACAGGUUAAUCAACAUAGUGAUGGUAGAUAGGAGAGAGGACAGGUUAAUCAACAUAGUGAUGGUAGGUAGGAGAGAAGACAGGUUAAUCAACAUAGUGAUGGUAGGUAGGAGAGAGGACAGGUUAAUCAACAUAGUGAUGGCAGGUAGGAGAGAGGACAGGUUAAUCAACAUAGUGAUGGCAGGUAGGAGAGAGGACAGGUUAAUCAACAUAGUGAUGGUAGGUAGGAGAGAGGACAGGUUAAUCAACAUAGUGAUGGUAGGUAGGAGAGAGGACAGGUUAAUCAACAUAGUGAUGGUAGAUAGGACAGGUUAAUCAACAUAGUGAUGGUAGGUAGGAGAGAGGACGGGUUAAUCAACAUAGUGAUGGUAGGUAGCAGAGAGGACAGGUUAAUCAACAUAGUGAUGGUAGAUAGGACAGGUUACAACAUAGUGAUGGUAGGUAGGAGAGAGGACAGGUUAAUCAACAUAGUGAUGGUAGAUAGGACAGGUUACAACAUAGUGAUGGUAGGUAGGAGAGAGGACAGGUUAAUCAACAUAGUGAUGGUAGAUAGGACAGGUUAAUCAACUUAGUGAUGGUAGGUAGUAGAGAGGACAGGUUACAACAUAGUGAUGGUAGGUAGGAGAGAGGACAGGUUAAUCAACUUAGUGAUGGUAGGUAGGAGAGAGGACAGGUUAAUCAACAUAGUGAUGGUAGAUAGGAGAGAGGACAGGUUAAUCAACAUAGUGAUGGUAGGUAGGAGAGAUGACAGGUUAAUCAACAUAGUGAUGGUAGGUAGCAGAGAGGACAGGUUAAUCAACUUAGUGAUGGUAGAUAGGACAGGUUAAUCAACUUAGUGAUGGUAGGUAGCAGAGAGGACAGGUUAAUCAACAUAGUGAUGGUAGGUAGGAGAGAGGACAGGUUAAUCAACAUAGUGAUGGUAGGUAGGAGAGAGGACAGGUUAAUCAACAUAGUGAUGGUAGGUAGGAGAGAGGACAGGUUAAUCAACAUAGUGAUGGUAGGUAGGAGAGAGGACAGGUUAAUCAACAUAGUGAUGGUAGGUAGGACAGGUUAAUCAACAUAGUGAUGGCAGGUAGGACAGGUUAAUCAACAUAGUGAUGGCAGGUAGGAGAGAGGACAGGUUAAUCAACAUAGUGAUGGUAGGUAGCAGAGAGGACAGGUUAAUCAACAUAGUGAUGGUAGGUAGGUAGCAGAGAGGACAAGUUAAUCAUUCAUAGUGACAAUAUAGUCUACCAGUCUGUCUGUCUGUCCACCAUUCAUAGGGCUCAUAUUCACUCGAGACAGCAUCUCAGUGGGCUCCCGAGUGACGCAACAGUCAAAGGCACUGCAUCUCAGUGCUUGAGGCAUCACUACAGACACCCUGGUUCGAAUCCAGGCUGUAUCACAACUGGCCGUGAUUGGGAGUCCCAUAGGGCGGCACACAAUUGGCCCAGCGUCGUUAGGGUUGGGCCGGUGUAGGCCGCCAUUGUAAAUAAGAAUUUGUUCUUAACCUGUUUGGGCUGCAGCCCGACACCGGUACACUUAUGACAACAUCCAGCUCAAGUGCAGGGCGUGAAAUUCAAAAGAUAUUUUUUUUAAAUAUUUAACUUUCACACAUUAACAAGUCCAAUACAGCAUAUGAAAGGUACACAUCUUGUGAAUCAAGCCAACAUGUCUGAUUUUUAAAAUGUUUUACAGGGAAGACACAAUAUGUAAAUCUAUUAGCUAACCACGUUAGCAAAAGACACCACUUUUCUUACUCCAUCAGUUUUUUACUCCAUCAGUAGCUAUCACAAAUUCGACCAAAUAAAGAUAUAAAUAGCCACUAACCAAGAAACAACUUCAUCAGAUGACAGUCUGAUAACAUAUUUAUUGUAUAGCAUAUGUUUUGUUAGAAAAAUGUGCAUAUUUCAGGUAUAAAUCAUAGUUUACA